UUCAGUCUGGGAUUGAUUCGAUUGCGGACCGAAGUUGUAUGCUUGCGCAGUGAAUUAAGACAGAAUAGAAUUUUAGAAAUCUCCAGUGAUUCCUGUCGAGAAAUAUCAUUGUUGCCGUUCAACAAAUGUGUUGUUUUGAUUGCAUCUUGUAGGUAGUUCCAGGACGAGGCAAAUGUAGCGUACGCAUGCAGCAGUGCAAAAGGAAAUUACCCUGAUGCUGUAGUCAGCUUUGUCAAUAUGGCGUCUGUCUUUGAUGAACAGCGUGGCCGCCUGUGCACCGUUUGCUACCACCAGUUUUCAUGUCAUGGUGAUGCUGUGCCUCGCAUCUUGACCUGUGGACAUAGCUUCUGCACCGGUUGUCUUAGUAGACUGCUUGGCCAGCUAGCCCACGGUCACAUCCGAUGCCCAACCUGCAAAGGUGACACCUUGGUACCAGGGCUCUCUAAUGACAUCAACAAACUCUCCAAGAACUUUGGAGUACUGGAAAUCUUGGAGAGUAUAGACGAAGGAACAAGGGCUGCUGGUAAUUCUGCAAAUCAAAUCCCACUCUGCGCUGAUCAUGACAACGAGCCGAUGAAAGUUUUCUGCAUCCAGGAUGACCAACUGAUCUGCAUCUACUGUCAGGUGUAUGGUUCACAUCAGGGACAUCAGUGCCAGCUGGUGUCCAUUUUGGCUGAAGAAAAUCGCAAGACAAUUAGAUCCUUCAUAGAGCGUCUUGGCAACCAGAAGGAUAGCAUGGUUGCUGUGAGCCAAGCAGUCACUGACACAGCAGGAGCUGUGCAAAUUAAGGAGGACAGACUGAUGUAUGAGGUCACACGACACUUUGAGAUGCUGAGACGAAAGCUCUAUCAACGGGAGAACCAGGUCAAGAUACUACUGAGAAAUAGAAUAUCAGCCAAGGUUAUGCUACUGGAUAAACAGAAGAGGAAACUGCAUGAGUUGAUCAGCAAGGUAGACCAGCUGAGUGCCUUGUGUCAAUCCAUCCUGACUGGCCAAGACUAUGAGUUAGUGCAACAAAAGACAAAACUGGAGACUGAUUUCCAGAGUCUCUCCUCCUCCAUUGAGGAGCGUGACCUCCGACCCUGUACCAAGGAUGAUCUACAUUGUCACCUGGACCCUUCCAUGUUAGUCCAGGUGUCCAGCCAUGGCAUGCUGGUCAAGGAACCAGUCUACAGACCCUCAUCAGACAUACUCACUAAUGAAUCAGUUGCAAGUGCAUCCACUACUAUUACUUCUGUUUCUGAGACUGUAGGGUCAACUAGUAAUGCAGACAAACAGGAGGGGGACUGUGAGCACAUUGAAUGGCCAGCAGAGAUGGAAGUCAGUGGCAGAAAUACUAGACAGCAGAAUAGUUCCUCUGAUGUGAUUAUCAUCUGUGAUGACAUGGACCUUGAGACUGCUGCAAGCAGUAGCGAUCACAUCGUGACUGCCUACCAGCAGCAGCCGCAGCAGCAUCCACCUGCUUGCUGCUGUCAGGCUAGCUCACAGCACACCUGUGCAUCAUCCUCAUCCAGGCAGGCCUGCUCUACAGGAAGCCGUACCCAGUCAGGGAUGAAUCGACAUCGGGCAGCAAGAGGAAGUCCAAGCCAAAAUCUAAGGAGACUUCGUGCUCCAGUACAUGUUGAAGGGAACCCACCCACAAACCGAGAAGAACAUUCCAGCUCCUCAGAUGAGGACGACAACCACUACUUGAGUGUGAGCGAACUCAGCGACAUGGAGCUAGAGCGUCCUCUACGCUCAGCUUGGACCAAUCGUGGUGGUUGGUCCUCCACAGCUGCUGUCAGCACCAGCACCCAACCGGCUGAGUGCGAUACACCCAGCGUUCUGGUGGAGGGUACCCCUGAGGGUGCAGUAGGGGAGGUGCCAUCAAGAGUGGGAAUGGCUGUGACAGAUGAUGAGGGUGUUGUGCAAGAGAAUGCAGAAGAGCCAGCAUCAGCGGUUCAUGGUGGUGGGGAUAAGACCCAAAGAGGAGAAGUUGAAGAGAGAAGGGAUGAAGGGGAUCCGUGGGAGGUCAAUGCAACCUUGUCUCCACGGCGACUACGGAGACAGGGUCAUUCAUCGUCUCAGCAUCAGCGAUUCAAGGGUAGCCUAGUGUGCUCCGUGUUCAGCUGCACCAGCUCCAACUGUAGCUUCUACGUCCGCUGCAAGAAUUGCUCCCGCCUCUUCUGCCAGAAGUGUGUCAGCACGUCCAUCAGUGCCCGGCGCUGCUACAAACGCCCACGUGGCCACAGCUUCAUGUACAUCCCACUGAAUCCAGGCAACACCUCAGCCAACAACAACCAGCAGCUGCACCAGCGCAUACACCACCUGCUACACCACAGCCACCAGCGUGGCGCCUGCUUGCGCCAGUAUGAACGCCAGCCAGGCACCAGACAUGGCCCAACGGAAUCACAGACACCGGCCCCAUCAGACUCCUGGUACUGCCUCCAGUGUCUGACAGUGAACCAGUCACAGACAGGCAUCCAACGAUGUGUCAGCUGUGGGCAAAUCAAUGAGAGUUCACGGCAAGUAGAGCACGAGACAGAGUUGAUGACAUUCCCAUUGUCCCAAGAUAGCAGUGCACCGCAGCCUCCACAGGAAGGUGACAGAGCACAGGGUACUGAAGCUCAGCAGAAUGCUCCUGAUCUCACCACUGAAAGCCAUGAUGCUGAGAUCACCCUCGAGAACUUUCAAUUUGGCUGAUGCAACCUCUGGGGAUUGUUUUUCAGGCCAAUGGUGAUGGAGUUGUAUUUGACCUUGAAGAACAAAACAAAAAUGUUUAUUUAGGUGCUGCCAUCUUGGUCAAUCUCCUUGUGGCAAAGAUUAGGGGCUCUUUUAGUUAGUUUGUUUCUUUUUAUUCAAAUUGUUGUUGUUAGAGUAUAUCCUACCAAUUCUGAUACAUUUUCCCUGUGUUUCCAGAGACAUGCCAAAAGUCAGGUUCCUUUUACAUUCAGCUUUUCAACAGACUUUCAAUGCUGAUGGUAACCCUCCAUUUCUACUACUUUAUUUCUUUUGUAAUAGCACAAAAUUUACAGCUAUGGUAUUAUGCAUGGUAUUUAAUGUAUCUUUUUGAUUUGCAAUACUUUACACAUAGUAUUAAUGUUUAUAUAAUGUCUUAAAAAGUAAAGUCAUUCCAAAUGUUUGCAAUAUUAUGUAAAUAUUUAUGCAAAACCUGUUUGUCAUGCUGAAUGUUGAAAGCGCAGCAUGUCGAUCAUGGGGAAUACUUUUGCAUGUAUGUAAAAGACUUGAGAAGUAUAUAAGCAGUUGUCUUUAAGCCUUUGAGAAAGUUGUGAGGAUUGAAGUAGCAGUCCCUCCAAAGUUUGUAUAAUCCAUUUAGUUUUGCACUUUAUAUUUGAUGGUGCACUUUUAAAUGUAUAUUAAUUAUUCUGGUAAAUACUCAAACUACGUGUUUAAGAAAAGGUGUCUAGACUUCCAUUUUUGCAUUUGGAUGGGGAAUAUUUUGAGCAUGUGUAAGUAUGGAUCCAUAUGUUGACAUGAGUUUCAAUUUAGUCAUCCCAUCCACUAUCCUCUUACCAUGAUUUGUUGAUCAAGCAGAUACACGUUGAUUGUACAUUUAUAAGGGUAGAAAGGCUUAAUACAUAUUGUAAUAAAUCGCGACAAUGAAAUUGAGAGCUACAGUUGCCAUGAU